AUGAUGUUCCAGGCUCGCUGGGUAUUUCCCUGCCCAAUGCCUGGGCGGCCGCGGUCUGGGCAGCGGCCAAAGCCGCGAAGCUGCGCGGCCCGGGUUUCCAGCCGGGCCUCUUUCCCGGCCGGGCCCCAGCAUGGCUGCCCCCAGGGCUGCGGGUGGGGACGGUGCCGCGUUGUCGCGUUCCUGACGGCCCCUGGCGUCUGUGCUCUCCUUCUCUUCCCCAGGCCACUCCAGCAGACAUGUUUGCCAAGGCCUUUCGGGUCAAGUCCAACACGGCCAUCAAGGGGUCGGACAGGAACAGAUCAGGUCUCUGUGUUGGUACCUGGAAAGGAGGAGCUCAACAUUGUGAAACUGUAUGCUCACAGAGGGGAUGCAGUGACUGUGUACGUGAGCGGUGGUAACCCCAUCCUGUUCGAAGUGGAGAAAAAUCUGUAUCCGACAGUGUAUACCUUGUGGUCCUAUCCUGACCUUCUCCCAGCUUUCACGACGUGGCCUCCGGUGCUUGAAAAACUGGUGGGGGGAGCAGAUUUGAUGCUGCCAGGACUCGUGGUGCCCCCUGCUGGUCUGCCUCAGGUACAGAAGGGUGACCUCUGUGCCAUUGCCUUGCUGGGGAACAGGUCAGCAAGCUCAGGGACGCUGAGCCUUCUUACCUGCUGUGUGGUGGUGGAAGAGGUCCUCUCCGAGUGUACCUUGUGGUCACCUCCAGUGUGUCUUCAUCACAAACAAUAUCUUUUUUUUUUCUUAACGUAAUUUGUUGUCAAAUUGGCUAACAUACAGUGUGUACCGUGUGCU